CUGAAAGUCAUAUUGACUUUCCACCAUAUGCUCUGUGGAGGCUUUAUACAACUUGGGUGUGUGUUCAUCACAUCAGAGGAUUCUGGAUCAGUUGAGAAUUGAUUUCAAUUUGGUCAAUACUUUGUGUUCAUCACUUCAGAGGAUUCUGGAUCAGUUYAGAUUUUCAUUUUGUCAGUCUUUUGUGUUCAUUACGUCAGAGGUUUCUGCCUCAGUUGACAGUUGGAUCAGGUCAAAUACAAGUGUCAAAUUUGCACACUAGAGAAGACAGCCUUGACCAACACUAGAGAAGACAGCCUUGACCAACCUUGACGACUUAUUUAGUUCUUAUUUGUUUUUUAAAAUUUCAUUUUGGAGUGCAGUUUUUCAACUUUUGUCAGGUUCAUUUGUUGGCUCAGAUCAGUCAUGGACGGAGGUUCACUGUCAGCAUCAUCAUCGUCUGAACAGGAGGCAGAUUCUUCACCCUACAGCGCCAGUGCUCUCGUACAGAACCCAGAGGACAAUGGGGCUAUAGAGGAAUCAAGGGCGAAUGUGGUGGAGGAGGAGAUUGUCCCUGCUGGUGAGAGGUUGCUGUCCGGGGAGGACCAGGGGUCUCUGAUCACUGACAGUAUGUCAGUCACCUCAGCUGACCAGGAGAAGCUACUACUGCUCAACAGGAACACUGAGCUACGCAGAGUCAACAAAGAGUUGAUGAAGCUGAAUGAAGACUGGGACCAUGUGUAUCGCAGCACAACUCUGAGUCUCCAACAGAGAGUAGAGACUCUGGAGCAGGAGAGCAACACAGUCAAACAACUCAACAACAUGCUGCUGCUCAAAGUAGACCACGAACAGAACAAGAGGGAGUACUAUGAACACACACUGAUGCAGGAGUUGAAGAAGAACCAGCAGCUACAUGAAUACGUCAGGUUGCUGGAGAAUAGACAACAUCACACAGACACCACCAGAGACUGGACAAAGAGCACACAGACUGAGAUCUAUGAAGCAGACUACCAGACGGAGCACAAGGACCACAAACACACCCAGCAGGAGAACAAGAGACUGAGGAGGACGAGAGAGGAGAUGAGACAACAGAUGGCCCUACUGCAGGAGCAGCUCAAGGUAUAUGAGGAUGACUUUAGGAAGGAGCGGUCAGACAAGCAGGUCCUGCAGCGUCUACUGAUGAAGAAAAGUCCCGCUCUGGUCAAACAGCCUGUCCUGGUCCACCGCUGUAAUAAUGAGCAGCAGCCUGCAGGGGGAGACAGGAGGCGGCAGAGAGAGGAGCAGAGAGAUGCUCACACCACUACACCCCAGCCAGACCACCACCCGCUGUGCCCCAAACACUGUGAGAGGAGGAACACUGAAGAGUCCACAUGAGGCAGACGACACACAAACAUGCUCACUCACACAUUYAACUUGUAUUACGAUGUUGGUAUUGCCACUAACGCGUUGAGGCCUAGCCUACUCCAGUCCUGUGUGACUGUGUCUAAUUGACAAUGAAAUGAUUUGUAUCUAUUAUCUUUCUCUCAAUAUGUAUGAACCUUAUGUUAUUUCCUAAUUCUGCCGAUAAUGUUGAUUAUCGACGAAGGGACGGAGUGAUUUUGCAGUUGUCUCAUCUCCCUGCUUAGAUAACAUGGUCAACAUUACCACCUAGUGGUUUUCUUAAUCCUACAUAAUGUCAUGUUUUAUGAUGCAGUUGUUGGGACAUCUCUGUAAAAGRCACAGGGAAUUCAACUAAUUAAAUUAUACCCCUUGAUUUCAAAUAACACCAGGAUGUCCUUAAAUACAAGUGAUCAAUUUCAGAUGUUGUCAUUUUCUUAAAACAAAUAUAACAAAUGUAUAA